AUGUUUAGAGACCCUCAAUGGCAGCUACUAAAGUGCUUUUUAGGCGAUGAUGUUUCGUUUAACAAUGUCAUACUACAAGGCGGAAGCGGUGUCGGUAAAUCUUUUCUUCUAAACAAAUUUUUGGAGACAAAAGCAGAUUCCAUAAUAAUUCAAAUAGACUGUGAAACAUGUUUGUCCACUGAAAUGAUAAUGCAGAGAAUCCUCAAUUGUAUAUACGAAUUGGACUUUGACUUUAAAGGCAAAUACACGGCAGGAGAAGUGCGGCAGACGAACCCAGCUUCCACUUGCCAUGACAUCAACAGUUUCAUUGACACAAUUGUCCAGGUAAUUGAGAACGGAUUACAUAAGCCAAUAUUUAUUAUCCUGGAGAAGUUAGAUGAAUGUUUGGAAGAUACAGAGAGUUUUCUGUUGGCUUUGACUAAAGAAGCAGAAGUGGAUGAAUGCUUGAACAGCGUUCACUUUGUGGAGGUUAUAAGUACCUUAAUUCCAGAAAAACUGGCGACCAUUGGGAUUCCUACAAUUUACUUUCCUAAUUAUACUCUUGAAGAGACUAAAGAGAUUUUGAAAAUAAUGAAACAAACCACGCUAGAAAAUCAACUAUUACAAGAAUCAAAAGCUAAACUAGAGAAGAACGCUCCAAUUGAUGAACAAGUGAAAAAUUUCACCGACGAACAACUAGUGUCCACAACAAUACUUAAAUCACAGCAACAAUUCAUAACAACGUUCCUUGGCAUAGUAGUAGAUUCAUUCUAUUUCGUACUCGCAUCUGACCUCAAAGAGCUGGAGAAAAUUGUUGAUAAAAUAUGGGUGCAAUUCAAAGGUCCAUUGAUUGAGACUAACGGGAGAAUAGUGAUGGGGAAGAGUGAUGCUAUAUCAGUGUUCAGACAGUUUAAAUCUUUAUUUCGACCUGAGUAUGCCAUUCCUUGCAGUGUUUUGAAUGAAGAAGAGGGAAAAGCUCUGUUAGAUGACGAUUUAUUUAAUCUGUCACUUUAUGACAAGUACAUCCUGCUGGCAUCGUAUUUGGCGUCGUUUAACGAUCCACGGAAUGACUUGAUCUUUUUCUCAAAGUUCAGAGACGCACGUUUUGAUAAACGUAAAAAGCCCAUGUUGAAAAAGAAAUCUGUAAAGACGUUGACCCCAAAUGCUUUUAGUUUGGAGAGAUUGUUGGCGAUCUUGCAUGCCAUUUAUGAAUCAGAAGUUGAACUUCAAACCGACGUGGAUCUUUUAAAAUCUUUAGCAACUCUAGCAUCUCAAGACAUGAUCCUAAAGUCGAGUAAUGAUGUCUUAGAUGGAAAUACAAGGUGGAAAUGUAAUGUUAGUUGGGACAUCAUCAAAAGCAUAGCCAAGAGCGUGAACUUUGAUAUAAGUGUGUAUCUCCAAAGUGAAUACUAA